AUGGCCUUAUCAAAAGUGAGUAAAUUCUACUUGGCUUGUCGGAAUAAUGAUAUAAAUGAGGUAAAACGAAUGAUUACUUCAAUGAGUGCUGAUGAAAUAAACCGAUUGGAAGAAACAAGUUUUGGAAUGAGUACAGCGUUACAUGCAGCAGCAUAUUAUGGUUAUCAUGAAGUGGCCGAUAUAUUGUUGACACAUAAAGCUGAUCCAACAAUCAGAAAUUUUACUGGACUGACACCUUACGAAGAAGCUACCACUAGAGAUGUAGCAUGUGUAUUCAGAAGACAUCUUACUAAGGAUAAUACUCCAAAUAGCCGUUUUUCACAAGCGAACCCAAACCGUGAAUGGAUCUCAUGUGAUCCAGAUAUGAUUAAACGCGCACCGCAUUAUGACACAUGGCUUGAAACCGGUUGUCGUAACAUGCCAUUCAUCGUUGCAGAUAAUCUACGUGAUGAUUCAGAACUAACAAAAGAAUUAAAAAACGAUCCUAAUAUAGAUGAAGUUUGGAAAUUAUUUAAAGAAGCAAUUGAAACACAUGAUCCAAAACGUAUUGUGAAAGCUUACACAUUGGAAACGCGUUUUUAUGGAUUGUUGAAUAUGCACCUAGCAGAUACAUCAGCUGAAAUGUUAAAUGAAACAUUCAUAUUCGAUCCAAAAAUCCAACCAUUUUGGCAAACCUACGGACGACUAGCUGCUAUUAUUGCUCGACAUCCAGAUUUGCAAAAAUAUCAGGCUGAUGGUUUGUGUUUUCGUGGGAUGAUAUUGAGUACGGACGAAUUAUUGCAAUAUAAAGUUGGUAAACGUAUCUUAACUAAAACUUUUUCUUCAUGUUCACGUCACUCUUCUGUUGCCGAAGACUUUGCCACGAAAGAUCUAGACCUAGAAAGCGACCGUUAUCCUAUUAUAUGCGAAUAUAACAUCAUUAGUAAACGUUCUGCGUUGAAACUUGAAGAUCUAUCAGCAUAUCCAGCAGAAAAAGAAGUGUUGAUCGUACCAUUUUGUGUAUUCGAAAUUGUAAAAGUCAAAACAAAAACCAACUGGUCAGCCGAGGAUGGAACAGUGAAGAUAAAAGAAGGAAGAAAAAUCACAUUAAAAGAAUGUGAAAAACAACACUCCAUCUGUAGUAUAAUGUGA